UGAUAGCAGCUCUCCGGCUGAUUUUACCGAAGCCGAAGAAGAAACAAACAAGAAACAAGGCCUUGUUACAGCCCCUGGCCACCGCGUAAUGAAAGCAUCUUCCUCGCCGUCUCCUCCAGCCGCCACAGCAUCGUCCUCUCCGUCUCCUCCAGCCGUCACACCUCCUCCCGCUGUCCCCCUCUUUCUACUGCAUCGAGCCGCCACACACCCGCCGUCGUGCCGAGCUCCAGCCGUCGCCGGGAUCCCCUCACGAAGACGGAAGAACUCCUCCUCCCGCUGCGUCCGCGAAGCGCGGAAUCGAGGAUUUGGUGGAGCGAGGGUGUUGCCGAAAGGGCCCCUAGGUCUUGCCGCCGGCCGCCCUCGCCCUCGCCAUGGACGGUCAUGGAGAUCCCCACUACGGGCGUCACCCUCAGACUCCUGCCCCUACUGACCCUCGAUACCCCCAGUCUGAGGAACAUGGUGUUCCCCUCAAAUGGGCGAGGAAGAAAGCUAAGAUGGAACGGUGGAGGAAGCGCUAUGGUCAACACAGCGAGGAGGCCGUAGCUCUCGAGCUGGAGCAGGGAGCCAGCCAGCUACAGAAGGAGGACCUCCCCGAAACCACAAUAGGUUCUCCCGUCGGCCACACCAUGGGAAGCCAUGGCCACCCUGAAACUCCUCGUGACAUUCAAUACAGCGAGGAGCAAGCUCCUAAUCCGUGGUGGUGCGUGAACCUUAAUCGAGGGGGGGCCAAAAGGGAUCAUAGGGAAGACUCUUCGGCUACUGCUGUGUCGCCCGCAGCCACGAGAGGACGUAUUCGCCAGAGCCUUCUCUAUUCAGAUCGCCCCAGGCGAUCCAAGAGACCUACAUCAGAGAAGCUACCGGUUGAGGAGCAUGCUGAUGAGGUAAGCAGCAGGGAGUUUGAAGCCCUGAAGCUUGAUCAAUCACGCCCUACACCUGAGUCAACUCACAGGCAAGCUGGAAAUGCAACCCAUGUUCGGCAAAGUGUUCUAUAUUCAGGCCGCCUCAGGCGGUCCCGUGGUGGACGAGAACAAGAACCAUCACCGAAUGAACUACUGGUUGAGAAGAAUGCUAGCAAGGUGAGUGGCGGUGAGGGACCUAUAGUUACAGAUCUACCUGAAUUAACUCAUAGGGUUGAGAAGAAUGCUGGAAAGGUGAGCGACAUUGAGGGUACUGCAGUUAAGGCUCCACCCGUUAAGGAGAAUGCCAGUGAGGUGCGCAGCAGGGAGUUUAAAGCACCGACACUCGGUCAGUCACUUCCUACAUGUAACCCAACGCAAAGGUCCAAGGAAUGGUGUGAUUAUUACGCUGCCAACGACAGUGAAACUCGCUCUGAAGUUUUUGAGGAGAUGCUCAAAGAUGUAUCAGAGCCUUGGGCACAAACAUGUCGUGAUAUACAUAAGUACUUGGAAGAACACACAUACACUUGUAUGGUGGAGGCUAUGAUUGCCGCUAAACAUGGCUUUAGUAACCCGGCCCAGCAUAAAUUGGAUGCUCAAGCAUUUUUGGAAUCAGAAGGGGCAUUUGAAGCUCCUGAAGUCCCUGAGUCCUCUCCAAGAGAGAAUAUAGCACAGGGCGAAGUGUCUACUGAGGAAAUCAUCAAGAAUGGUAAAAAGUGGAUGGGUGAGGAAGUCAUGUUGGCUUUUAAGAAGUACAAGGAAGGAAAGAGCCAAUUCAAAGACGUGGUGCAUUAUGACCUAGAUGAGCUUCAACAUCAGUGCUUCAGCAUGGAGAGCUAUGAUCAUACCUUCCAUCACUUCAACUUCACCGUUAAGAUGGAGAAAUCAGGCGGCGAUUCGUCAUCGACGCCCUUUUUUGCUGAGGUGAAAGAGAUCCAUGGAAGAAAAUAUUAUUCCUGCUACGAACUAAGUUCUUAUGAUGAUGGUCACUGCUAUGCGUGCAAAAAUCAAGGAAUGCAUGCACUGAAGCACCCUAUUUGUCUAAUGGGGUAUGACAGUGGUCAUGCUGAUAUGGAGUCCCCCUUCCUUUAUCUUAGUGAUGACGAAUAAUCUGAUCCCGAGUGGUGACAGUGUUUGCGUCGACAACGGUGUGAAGUAUGUGGUUUGUUUAUGGUUACAUCUUCUGAUCUGCAUGUAGUCUAGUAGUGCAGUUGUGAAUUAUACUGAUAUUUGACCUGUACUAAGAAAUUCUAAGGAGCGAGUUUUUGCAUUGAUGA